AUGGACAACAUGAAAUUUGCUGAUAAUGGGUUUUCAAAUACCCAGGACAUAAGUGUGGACACACUCUCUACAAGAUUGGCUGGCUAUAAUAAUGUGAUAGGGAAUUUCACAACCCUUUCUCAGGCUAUAAAGUUGCAGGAAGUUAUAACAAAAGAUCAUAAAGAAACUGAAAAGAAGCUAAAACAGUUCUUUGAUGAUUCAAAUUUAAAGCAUAAUCAAGAUCUUCGAAGCCUAGAACUAAAAAGAACAAGUCUAACAUCUACUCUCUCAAAUUUUCACUCAUCGUUAGAACAACUGUCAAAAUCUACCGAGCUAGCUACUUCAAUUUGUACGAAAGUUAAUAGGGUUGAGCGUGAAAGAGACCUAGUGGAGCAAACUUUAAAGUAUAUUGAACAAUGUUACAAGCUGAAAUCUAAUAUCUCUCUAGUUCAUGAUGCAUUGGAAUCCAAAAACUAUAAACUUGCGGCAGACGCUAUAGAAGAAAUUCGUCUAUUGCCCUCCUCGAUCUUUAAUUCCGCUUUCACAAAUAAGGUCGUUCCAUCUAGUAAUAUCCCCGAAUUGCCUUCACAACUACUGGAAACAUGGACGUCAAAAUUAUCAAAAAUAUUUCACGAUGAAUUCUUUAACGCUGCUAAGAAUAACGAUAUUGGACAGGUUACGUCCUGGUUUCAGUUAUUUCCGAAGAUAGGGUACUCGGAAUUGGGAGUAGAAGUAUAUUCAAAGUACGUCUGUAAUAUAAUAGCAGACCAAGGAAGAAAGAUUAUGAUGGGCCAGACAGAAAAGCCCCCAAUGUUUUUCUGUCAGGUUUUGCUACAUUUGUUUAAGAUGGUUUCUACAAUUAUAAAUGACCACUCAAAAGUUAUUGCGAAGUGUUACGGUUUACAGCAUAUGACACAUAUAAUGCGUAAAGUACAACGUGAGGCGGAUUUACAAGCAGGCUUAGUUUGGGAUACAUUUAUGGAGACUAGAAGGAUUGAAGCAAUGAUAAAAGAAUUAAAUGCUUGGGAAGAUAAUCAAAAGCAACAAGGAGGACAAACAGCGGUAGCAGAUUACACAGCCCCUCAACUUCCAUACACAAUAAACGAGCUUUCUCUACUGAUCAACGAGUUUUCCUCCAUACUACAGAAUUGGUCAAUGUACUGUAGAUUUUUUACCCUCAAGUGGUGUGAGUUUUCUAAUAAUGACACUUCCAACUUGGAAAUCCCAGAUCCUAUUGCAAAGGGUGCAUUUAACCACAAAGUCACACAAUCCCUAUACUUAUUUGAAGUACUUGUCAAGUAUCAUUUACAUGGGUCAUUUUUACGAGCACUUGAGCUGGAAGAGCUUCCAAGUCUGGAUCAAUUCCUAAUCAAUGCAGAUUACACUCAUGACGAUCUAACAAGCUACCCAAUUAGCACUCUACUGGAGGAUUUGGUGUUGGUGAUAAGAGCCAACCUAAUUGCAAAUGUGAAUACUGGGGAGACAAAGGUCCUUUCACACUUCAUUAACAGCUUAAUGAAGUUUAUUCAGUCAGAAUAUCUGAUUAAAGUGCAACAAACUAGACUAAAAGUAAUUCUUCCACGACUAAAUUAUUCGCUUGUAUUAAAGAAAUAUCAGCCACCCCCUUCGGACCAAACAGCGAACCUGUCGAGGUCGGUUUCACCUGCUCCUCAAGGCAAUGAACCGGGCAGUAAGCUGUCUCAUUUUGGGUUCAAUUUCAAGAGUGCUGCCACAAGUACUUUAACCAAUUUGCAAUCUAACCUACAAUCAGUUUAUACUGAUGAAGAGAGUGUUUUAAAGUUGCAUGAAUGUCUAAUUUACAUUAACACGCUCGCGGUAGGUGAGGAAUAUUUUAGAAGAAUCCUAAUCAAGGAGAUUAUAGAAGACCAGCCAGUCCUAUUGCAGAACAACUUCCCCUUCAGGGAUGAUGCAAAACAAAUGCAAGAGGCUUUACAAUGGCUUUACAAGAGUUUAAAGACACAAAAUGGAAAGCUGCUACAAUGGGCCAUAACCCAGCUUUUUGAAAAUAUGAUGCAGGGAAAACUAAAAAAGAUGAUGGCUCCAUUAUUCACCAAUGGAUCGGAACAAAAUUACAUCUGCAGUUCAAAUGAUUUUGAGAAUAUCUCAAAUCUAAAUGCCUUUGUGAAGCAAUGGACAAAUCUCACCCGUCCAUUCUACAAUGUCAUCUACAAACCCGCAUAUAUCGAAUUCAUCUCAUUAAUGGUUGAUUUCUUGUGCCAAUUACUAGAAGAUAAAAUCUGGCUCAUUGAGUGCAACGAGCUAGGAGCUCUAAAGCUUGAUCGUGAACUUGGGCUAUUUAUCUCUACACUAUGUGGACAUCACUACUUCCUAAAAGACAAGUUUACAAGGCUUUCGCAGGUCGUUUUAAUAGUAGGUUUAGACAACGAGGAUUUCGAUCCAAGCAGCAACGACAUUAAUGAACAAACAUUGUCUUCUAUCAACUGGAUGCUCAAUUCGCAGGAAAGAAUAAAAGCACGAAACCUUCGUGUUGAUAAAAGAGUCUAG